CCCAUUCAGCACAGCUGGGUUUAUGUGUGUGUGUGUGUGUGGGGGGGAUCCAGACACGCGCGUGGGUCUCUUUAAAUGAGGAAUCCGUACAGUGCGGGGAAUGAUAUCGGCGAUUGGAGUGUAUAGUCUCUAACGGGCGCAUAAUCACCUCACUGGAGGGAAUCUCUUUCUUUGUUUGUUUUUUGCAAGACAAUAAAAUAAGAUGGACAGCUCGGACAAGGAGAACAGGUCGGAUGAAGAAUUUGAAUCACCCGAAGAUGAAGAGGUAGACCCAAGAAUUCAGGGAGAGCUUGAGAAGCUGAAUCAGUCCACAGAUGACAUCAAUAGAUGUGAAACUGAGCUUGAGGAUGCCAGGCAAAAGUUUCGUUCUGUGCUGGUGGAAGCCACUUUAAAGCUGGACGAGCUGGUGAAGAAGAUUGGAAAAGCGGUCGAGGAAUCGAAGCCGUACUGGGAGGCCCGGCGGGUGGCACGGCAGACUCAGCUGGAAGCACAGAGAUCCACGCAAGACUUCCACAGGGCCACGGAGGUACUGCGGGCGGCCAAAGAGACCAUCGCCCUGGCUGAACAGAGGCUGCUGGAGGACGACAAGAAGCAGUUUGACUCAGCCUGGCAGGAGAUGCUCAACCACGCAACACAGCGAGUGAUGGAGGCAGAGCAGAUAAAAACACGCAGUGAGCUUCUGCACAAGGAGACCGCUGCCAAAUACACUGCCGCCAUGAGCCGAAUGAAACAGCUGGAGAAGAAGCUCAAACGCACCAUCAACAAGUCUAAGCCCUACUUUGAAAUGAAGGCAAAGUAUUACUUGCAACUUGAGCAACUGAAGAAGAAUGUGGAUGACCUCCAGGCCAAGCUGACGCAGGCUAAAGGGGAAUAUAAGUCAGCCCUCAGGAACCUGGAGAUGAUCUCAGAUGAGAUCCAUGAGCGGAGACGUUCUUCAGCCAUAGGCCCGCGGGAGAGAGGUGUGGGUGCAGAGGGCGACGGUGUCAUUGGUGAAGACUUGUCUGGCUUUAAGAUGGAGUCUGAUGGAAUAUCAAUGGCGUCUGGGUCCUUCGAGGAUGAAAACUGCAGCACGAGUGCCAUGUCAGAGGAGGACUCUGAGACUCAGUCCAACAGUAGCUUCAGUUCUGGGACGAACAGCCCUCUGGACUUGCCUUACCCUUUCUCCUCCUCAUCCUCCUUUUCCUCUGCCUCUCCAACCUCCACCUCCCCCUCCUCUCGCCCCUGCAGUCUGGACCUGCCCAGCACCAUCUCUCUGUCUGAUUUUAACCUGUUGUCCCCCAUCCUCGGCCCACGCAGCGAAUGCAGUGGCGCAUCCUCCCCCGAGUGCGACCUAGAGAGAGGUGACAGAGCAGAAGGUGCCGAAACCGUACUGGACAACGCUCUCAAUAACAAUCGUAUAAGCAACACUAAAACAACCUUUGGCCUGGAUAGCCGUUUCCGCCUGCUAUCUCUAAAACUUAGCCGAAAUGAAAGCAGUAAAAAUGCUCAGAAAUCCACAAUCCUGCUUGAUGGCAUGUGACUGCAGGAUUCCCACGGCGUUGAUGUUUUCAUUCACAUUCUGUGUGCUAUGGAAUGGCACUGGCAGCCACUCGUCCUUCACUUCAGUGUCAUCCCAGCCCAUUACCGAUCCUCCAACUUUCAGACUGAACUUUCACUCGAUCUCACAUGUGCGAGAAAAGCAACCCAUGACACGAUGUGCUGACUGCUGAGGAGACAAAUAUCCCAUUAGAAGGGUAAUGGAACUGGGUAAAGCUUUGAAAAGACAACAAAUCAAUCAAUUGUGAGAUCAGCAUUCCCACACGUUCCAGUUAAGGUCUAAAGAGUCUGAAGACACUUACGGAUGACGUUAGCACUUGUUAAUUAAGAUGCAUAAGAGAUUAGUUAUGCUGUAGAUUUAUGCCACUUGUUGUCUUUUUAAAAUUUGUGUAACUGUCAUGGAAAAUAUACAGUCAGAUUUGUGUGGCAGUAUAAUGUUACAUCUGUGCAUGAACAGACUCUCCUGCAUGCCCUUCAUAAACUCUCUUAAAAAAGGACUCAAAAUCAUCUGAGGAACCUCUUCGCUGCAUCGGUGACUCUCGAGGAAGUGAAGCCAAGCGACUGCAUCACCUUCUCAAUGUCAUCCGGAGACCUGCAGCAGAACCAGGCUGAUCCGUACAGGUCACUUCCACCUUCCUUCACAAGCCAAAAGUGUGAGCUUCCCUACACGGGUGGACAGUGUGCAAUGCAUGCCGCUCCAUUUUUGUCUCUCUACGUAAAGAACAAUCUUCAUUUUCAAUAUAAUAGAAAAAAAAGCAAUAGAAACAAUAGUUUUGUGGAAGAAUGGUUCAGAAAGUAGCGUACUAAGCUGGAUCUACUGUACUUGCACUGUUCUGAAGGGGGCAGAGGGCUUAUGGGAAUCCUUUUGAUGGGUCUCGGUGGGGAACGUACAUCACUGAUUAAGACGACGAUUACGGAGCGUUUCAUCCAGCUUGGGUGGUGCAGUAGGCACUGAUUUCGACACCAAUGGCAAAGCUUCAGGUCUAGUCAUUAGGCUUUGUGUGACCUUGUCUCAGUUUUUUUUUUCUUCUCAAAUGUUAGUUCUUUUGAUCUGUUGCCGUUUUGAGAAACGAUGGUAAGAAAAGAAACCCUGUAACAGUAUUUAAGUGAUUUGUGGCGUCUAGUCUUUUGUUGUUUACAAAGCUUGUGUAAUUGUUUUCAGACUGAAAUAAAAUGAUAGCUGCAGCACAAUUAUUAGUCAAGUAAGUCAAAUAAUCACUGCUUACUGCCAUGUCUGAGUCGAUAACCCUGUGUGCUAUGCCACUCCGGCCUCAGUUUGAGUACCGGCUUGCAGUCUUUUUGUGCUCUCUACUUAAUAAAAAAAUAUUGGGCAGUC